GAAUUUCCAUUCCUUACAAUUUCUCAUCCACCAAGGGAUCUAAUUCGUCAUUUCGGCAGUGCCAUUGCUGCGAAAUCAGUCAAAUUAUUGGAUAAGAAUGUUUCAGAGAUGACGAAGUCUCGAGCUUCCUGGUGGCUAGAACUUCGCACGGAGGCGCUGACUCGAAUGUACAACGUGGGGUGUGAUGCACUAAUUGGGUAUCGUGAAGAGUGUACAAUCUACGAGGAUGUCUGUGUUCUCUCUGUCUAUGCAACCGCUGUGACCUUGAAUCAACUUUGGAUUCAUACAUUGCCUUUUGAUAACUCUCCUGCGUCUUCAUUGUCGUCUCGACAACCCUCGGGACAAGAAUCCUUGGGCAGUACCGGAACUGAUUCCCAUAUACCUCGUGAACAGGUCCCGGACUCAUCCCCUAAUUGCCUCUCUGUGCCUUCAAACAUUCUCUCCAAUUUGAUGCAUGACUCAACUCCUAUCGUUGACUGCACCAUCUGCCAUAUUCCAUCAGUUAAUCAAUCACUUCCGCCCAAUAAAUCGAUACGAUGUCGGUUGUGUCGAGCUGCCUAUGUCCCUGAAUUUCUCCUCUCGUCCACGGAUUUUCCACCUGAAUUACCUGUUGCUGGCAGACCUGCUUUCAUUCAAGUUGGUCUGAGCCGGUCAAAAAAGGAGGCGAAGAGUGAAUCAGCUGCUCGUGAAAUUAGUGAACUCCUCCCUUACAUUGAGUAUGAGCUGCACUAUCGACUCCUGCAGAAACUUCGACUGCGUGGGAUGAAUGCAAUUUUUGGUCUUUCUCUUCAAUUGGCUAUUGGCGAGGACUUGGUCACCGUUCUCGCCACUGGUACGGGAGUAUACAUUCCAGCGCUUCCCAUUCCACAACUACAAAAGGCCUGUUCUGUUAGUGGGAACAUCGCCAACUCAUUGGUUGACGUACAACAAAACCUGCUUUCAUUCAAUCAGGAUUGUCGUGCACUUUACGGUCUCCCUAAUGUGGCCAAUGAAUACGGACGAGGUAUUCUCGAAAAAGACUUUUCUUCUUCAAAUUCUGUAGACCUUUUGGAAAAGGAAAAUAAAGAAGCGAGUGAUGGCAACUCCUCGGUUCAUCUUAGAUUUUAUGAAGAUCACUCUGGAACCUACUUUAUAGACGCAAGAGAACCAGAACCGGAAGAAUUAAACUCUCUUCUUACUGAACCUCUUCCUCCUCCUGGUCUGCUUUUCAUGACAACGGACAAUCUCCCAAACGAGGAGAGUUAUUGCUCCCUAGUUAAAUUGAAGCGAGAACAGAAUGCAACCACCAGUAGCAAUGCCCCGCAUGGCGUUCACACCUUCGUCAAAAUCCAUACAGUUCAGAGUCUCAAAUCUGACGAUACUUUGGGUUCCAUGUUUUUACACUAUUCAACUAGUGGGACUACCAGUACUGACCUGCCCUCCCUCUCCAUUCCACCGUCUUCCACUCCUCUCGAGUCUUCAGUUAACGCUGCUGCUUCUCUAAUGAAUAGAUGCAUGGCCAAAUGUAUGAGGGAUUGCAAUCAGUUAACUUGGUUUCACUUUCGCGGUGUUAUGCCUUGUGCAAUUACUUCUCUGGUCUACCGUCUGAUUAUUACAGACGACGAUGUUGUGCAGAUACUAUGCAGUGGAGUUGCUGUAACACCGAAUUGCGAAGAAACCUCCCCCCUCAUCAGAUGUACCGCCUCGACGGGCUCUGCCAAGUCAGAGGCUCUGAAGAUGGCUAUGAAUACCACCAAAAGGAGUAUAUUCAAUCUGCCCAAGGGUUUUCGAUCAGGCCCCUCGAUCGAACUCAAACCGCUGGCGCAGCAAAACAGUUGCCUUGAGGAUGAAUUAGCUGGGCGGUUGACGGUGAAAAAUCCACCCAAAAAAAUGAAAUGGUGGAAGUCAUUGUCGAAGGAUGUGACUGGGAAACGUUCGAAAACAGCAAGUUCAGCAAAAUACCCAAAUGGUGAUAUCAAUGGGACUAAUCCGCGAAAUGGAUUCAAUGCGCCAGAGGAGAAAUGUGUCCUGACGCCUUCAACGAGUCUUCCAAAUAGCAGGGUGGAACACUACCUGGGUAGUUAUAGUUUCUUCUUCGUUCGGGAGACGAAUGAUUUGCGAGAGAUGGGCGGGUUGCGAUGCUUCGUCCACACAGCAAUAAUGGAAGCACAGUCAGUAGCUGCAGCACAUACCAUGGGACUGGGGGGCAACGCUUUGCUUUCCUAUCAAAUCAGUGAGAUGCUAAUUCUACGACCGACCUCAAGAAAUCAAGCACAAUGUCUCAUCAACCUGUGCGGCGAUAUGGUUCGAACGAGUGUCAACUAA